AUGACAGAUAAUCUUUCAAAAAGUAUUAAAUCAACCGAACAUGAAUUAUCUUGGGCAAAUCGCGGCUUAAAAGGCAAUAGUGCUGCUGAUGUCAAAGAAUUAUGUAAUGCAAUUGAAAAACAUAAACCAUUAAAAGCAUUACGUCUCGAAGGUAAUACAAUUAAUGAAGAAGCAGCAACAGCUAUUGGAAAAGUUCUAGAAAAACAUAAUGAAAUUGAACGUUUAAUAUGGAAUGAUUUAUUUACUACUCGUCUUAAAACUGAAGUACCACCAUCAUUAAUUAAAUUAACUCAAGGUCUUUUAACGAAUGGAUGUCAUAUAGUUGAACUAAAUUUAAGUGAUAAUGCAUUCGGUCCUAUUGGUGUUAAAGGUCUUGAAACCUUUCUUUCAUCAUCAGCAUGUUAUACACUUGAAGAAAUUCGUUUAAAUAAUUGUGGUAUGGGUAGUAUGGGCGGAAAAUUAUUAGCUGAAGCAUUAAUUGCAUGUCAUAAGAAUAGUAUCGCAGCUGGUGGAAAACGAUUUGCUUUAAAACAAUUUAUUGCUGGUCGUAAUCGUCUGGAAAUUGAAGGGUCGCAAGCAUUAGCAAAAGCAUUUGAAAUUAUUGGUACAUUAGAAGUUAUUCGUAUGCCACAAAAUGGUAUUCGUCCACCAGGUAUUGAAGCAUUGACUGCAGCUUUUUUACAAAAUCGAAAUUUACGUAUCAUUGAUCUUAAUGAUAAUACAAUAACAACUGCAGCAGGCAAAUUAGCGUCAGUAAUUUCGAAAUUACCUAAAUUAGAAAUUAUUAAUCUUGAAUCAUCGCUAAUUCGUACCAAAGGUGCUAUUGCUAUUUCUCGCGCGAUUGUUUCACAUAAAAACCUUCAGGAAUUAUAUCUUGGAUGUAAUGAUAUGCAUAUUGAUGGUGGUCUUGAAGUUGCACGAUGUAUUAAAAAUAUGCCAUCGUUAAAAGUAUUAGAUUUGAAUGGUAAUUGCUUUGGUCUUGAUGGAAUAGAAGAAAUUCGUAAUGUAUUAGAAAAUAAAAACUUUAUUGAUCAAAUGGCAUUUAGUGAUGAUGAAGGUAGUGAUGAAGAAGAGGUGGAAGAGGAAGAAGAAGAAGAAGAAGAUGAAGAUGUUGACGAAGAUGAUGAAUAUGAUAUUGAACAAGAAGAAGAAGAGGAUGAUGAAGAUUAUCAAGAAGCAGAAGAAGAACAUCAAGGCAAUGAAUCUACAUCUUUUACUUUCGGUACAAAACAACAACAAAAUGGUUUUCAAUUUGGUGCUCCACAAUCUACUUCAUCAAAAGUCGAAGCUGUUAAUGGUUUAUCUAAUAUGAUAGCUAAAUUUGAUUUUAAUGUUAAUUCAUCAUUUAAUUUUGGUUCUCAAUCAACAGCUGAAAUUAAGGAUAAUAAAUGGACAACAUUAACUACUUUGGAUAAAGUUAAAGAACAUUUAAAAAAUGAUGAACAAUCUGUUGAACGCGCUAUAAAAUUACUUGAAAAUAUAUGGAAUGAUAAUUCUCUUCCACAAAAUGAUGCUUCUUCAAUUGCCAGAAAUGCUUUAAAAGCAAUGACAUUUACAACAUCAAGCGAACGUAAUUUUAAUGAACGUUUACUUGUUUCAUUAGGUUUUGUUAAAGAUGAACAAACAGGACGUCAACGUCGUACAAUGAACCAACAUGGUAAAAUUUAUCAAACACUCAUUGAUAUUCAUCAAUUCCUACCAAAAACAACCAAAAAUCUUCUUUCAAUUUUUCUUCAAAAUACUUUGAAUGAACAAAAUCAAUGUUUAUCUGAAUUAAAACAAAAAUUAUUAACAACAAUAAAAGGAUAA